AUGGAGGCUAAGCUCAAGAUGAUGUCUAUGGCUGUGUUGAUGGCUGCCCUGGUUUUGAGCGCAUGCACUGCGGCUCGAACCCAGGGUUUGUGCAACAUGAGCCAAGAUGGGUUCACGGCUUGCAAGCCAGCAGUCACUAGCUCUUUUUUGGCGUCGACGCCAGAUCCUUCUGCAGCAUGUUGUGCUGCUAUAGCUGGGGCUGACAUGCGUUGCCUUUGCUCCUACAAGGACUCCAAGGUCUUGCCUGCUUUGGGGAUUGACCCCAAGCUUGCCAUGGCGCUUCCUGAAAAGUGUGGUGUAGCCCUACCCAACCCAUGCUAA